UUCGAAUGAAAGUUGUAGCAAAAUUAUACAAAACUUACAACUUUAUCGUUUACGUACUGGUUUUUUGAAAUAACGUAUUUGUAAGGUUUUCAGAACAGAAAAAUAAUUUCGAUGAGGAAGAGAUACUAUUUCUCAUUGCGCAAUUACGGCAGUUCCUCUAACGAUUUUUUUUUUCUUAGACAAAAUAAAAGUGUAAAGAGUUUUAUUGGCAUAUAAUAAUUAUUAAAUAGUUUAUUUGUAUAUAGUAUUGUAAUUCGAAAGUAAAUCAAAACAAAUGAAAUUCGGAAAUUUAUAUUUUAUACAAUGAAGAUAAUACAUGUCGAAUGCAUUGAAGAACCUAUGAAUCUUUUAUUUUACAUUUUGUUCAUGAAUUUGUACUAUAUUAUUGCAUUACUUAUGUAGUCAAAUUUAUAUUUGAAGAAUUCACAGGUUAAGAAACCUAAACAUUUUAUAACUUCUCUAGCCCAAUCAAACUCUCCAAGUAUUGAAUUCAAUUGAAAUUCAUUUUGAUCGUAAGUAGAAUAUAAUGUAGGAGUUUGAAGUUGUUUAAGUUUUUAGAAUGAUAACAGGUUUUUAUUCAUUCAAUUCAUUUGUUGAAUAUAUGAACGUAAAUAGUAUUAAUAAACUGUAUGCAGUGUGAAACAGAAAUAUGAAAAAAGCAAAUAACCUCAAAAUACUCUUUGCAAGUGUUUUGAGUAGAACAUUACUAUAUUAAGAAAGACAUUAUGCUAACAUAUUUAUAUAAAAAGUACGAUGUAUUGUUUUGUUAAAAUGUCAAAUGUACGAAUAUUUGUUGUAAAACAAAUAUUGAGACAAUUUGGUACUAGUAAUACAAAUCUCAGUAUCUCAAGACAAAGUAGAUACAUAAACAAAUUCAUAAAGCAAGGCCAAUCAUCAAGAAGAGAUCCACUUGAUUUUUCAAACCCUUUUGUUUUUGGACCAUCAAAAACAAAGGUUUCAGCACAUGUACAGCGAAGAGUAAAUGUUUUAAAUACAGUUUUUAUGAAAUAUGUCACAGAUUUAUUGUCAACAGGAGAAAUUGAACCUGAACUUCUGAACAGAGGCAUAGAAAUUUCUCAUGUAGAUAUAACUAAAGAUUUUAAGCAUCUCAAUAUAUUUUGGAUAGACAAUAAUGUUAAUACUAAGUCUGAUACAACAGAAUUAUUAAAUAAGUGUGCAUAUAAAUUAAGACAUGAAUUAUCUCAGCUUAAGGUCAUUGGCUGUGUACCUCCUGUACACUUUGUAAAGUGCAAGGGUAUUAGUCAAUUAAAAGAGGUAGAAGAAAAAUUAAAAACUUUGGAUUUUGGAGAAGAUCAUGUACCUAGUUUAUAUUCAAAUGCUAUAAAUUGCACUGUUAUAUCUAAAACCUCCCUCAGUGAAGAGAAAGAAGUGAGCAAAAAUGAAAACUCAGAAAAUGUAGACAAUGUUUUUAGUGUAACUUUGCCAAAGAUGAGACAUGAUGUAUUUGAAUUGGAUCACUUUAGAAUUAUGUCAAAGAUCAAAUCUUCAUUGAAUAAAUCAAGAGAUACUUUAAGAAAACAACAAACAAAUGUACAGUAUCCUUCAACAUCUCUUUCCAAACUAGAUUAUGAAAAAAAUUCAAACAUGUUAACUACAGAAGAUCAGCAAGAAUUCUCUAAAUUUUUAAUUCAACGACGAAAGGAACGAAAAUACAAAAAUAAAAUGAAAUAUUGUAAUGAAACUCUCAUUGAUAAUGUUCCUGAAGAAAAAGAUGAUGAUGAUUAUGACGAUGAAGAUUGGAGCAUUGAUCAAGACUUUAAUGAAGAUGAUACUGAUAACAUGAAUGACAAUUAUUAUGAAGAUCAUAUUAAUAGAGAAUUUAAAGACAAACAUUAAAUGUCAACAAGGAAUUAAUAUUGCAGAAUACUUUUUCCCUUUGAUACAAACGCAAAAGACUGGUAUCAAUAACAUUUAUUUCUACAUUCAAUUUUGUUUUAUGUUACAACUGUACAUAAUGUACAAUUCAAUUUUUCUUCAUUGAAUUUACAACAUGAUUUAUGUGCAAUAUUAAUGUCAAUUAUUGAUCCCAUUGGUUCAAUUUCCUUUGAUGUUGCUAGAAUUUCUUCAUGAUCGCAAAAUAUUUAUAACUGUUUCAAAAAGAAUAAAUCGGAUUUUAUAAAAUUUUCAUAUAUCAACUAAUACUUGAAAAAGAAGACGCUGGAUUUAAAUAAAUCUGAACUAAGGGUUAACUGCUAUUGUUUCUGAAACAAUUUAAGCAGUAAAACAAGAACUAACAAGAUAUAAUAUAAAUUAGAAAUUAAAUUAUAGCGUAACAUUAAUCAAUGUUUGGUAUCUUGCAUUACAUUUACCUAGUCUAGAUCAUAUGACUCAUACAGUUCAUUUAACUGUCAGUGUAAAUAAAAAAGAUAUGUAACAUGAGAAUGGUACAUUAAACUUCAACUAGAUCGUGACUGUGAUGCAUUCAAUUCUUGCUCUUGCACAGCUUUUGUAUCAACUUCUUCAUCUGUUAAAAUAAGGUCAAUUUGUUGUUCAUUUGCAGGUUUGAUGUUUGAACGAAUGUUUAAUGCUGUUAAAUGGGGUAUCGAAUCACUUAAAUUACAUGCUUCCAAUACAUAUUUAUUAAAAAUUUCACUUUUAUCAGCAUAAA